AGCUCUAUGGUCCGGUUCAGUACUAAAUGUACAUGUACAUGUAUGCCAGGCCUUGUGUGUGCUGAAGUUUCCCCCUUUGGUGGUUUCUCAAAAUUUCUAAUUUUUAUCAGUCUCAGUCCGAUGUGAAUUUCGCAACUAGUCAACAGGAAGUUAUUAGAGAUGGACCUGGACCAGAGCGGCAAUAGCAGUGUGCUUUCUGUUCAACACGAAUUGACAAAUUGUGUCGAUUUUCCCCAACUGCAAUCGCUGGCUACAGAAUUGGACUCACUUCGUCAUGAGGGGGCGCUGUGUGAUGUAACUGUGACAGUGGACGAAAGACAGUUUCGGGCUCACAAGGUUGUGUUGGCUGCUGUGAGUGAUGUAUUUCGGGCAAUGUUCACAGGGGGUCUGAAGGAAGCUAGCCAAUCAGAGGUGGUGUUACAAGACGAGGUGGACCUGUCAGCCGAGGGUUUUGAAAUUCUACUGGACUUUGCCUACUCGGCGAAGCUGAACCUCACCGUGGAUAACGUCUUUGAGGUGCUGGCUUCGGCCUGCCAUCUCCACGUGGCACUGGCCUCGGAGGGCUGCAUCGACUUCAUUGGUCGGUGCUUUGACGAAGGCCAGCUGGCCUUUGAUGACUACCUGAAGAUCUCCUCCAUGGCUGGCAACUACGGACUGGACCGGCUGAAGCAGACAGCAGACCACCACAUUGCUGGGAACUUUGGCGAAGUGUCCCGGACUGAGGACUUUCUGGAGCACAUGACCGCCCACAGUCUAGGCCAGUUUCUGAUCAGAGAGGACCUGGCUGUAGCCAGUGAAGUAGAGGUCUUGAGCGCGGUGGUGAGCUGGCUCCACCACGACCUAGCCACCCGCAUCCACCACUCGGCCUCCCUGCUCAAGAAGGUUCGGUUGGGCCUGGUGUCCUCCCACCACCUAGUGGACCUGAUAGACACCAGUCUCUUGGCUGUCUCCCAGGUCAAGUCGCUGUUUGACCAGCUCAUGCAGCACAUUGCCCUGCAUAGCCCCGUCAGCGGACAGCUCGCCAACCGACACCCGGAGCUGUUUACCCCCCGUGUUUCCACUAAGUCUCUGUUGGCCAUUGGUGGUCAGACCAGCCUCGGCUUUGCGCGCUACUUUUGCAGUCACCGUCAGGAGUGGAUCCCACUCAAGAAAUUUGCCCAACUGCCAUUUGAUGGUGUCUCUCAUCAUUCGGUCAUCGCUGUCGCUGGGAAGAUUUUCCUUGUCGGAGGUGUGUCUACUGAGUACCGAAAGUCACAAACGCAGAACUUUUUCUACGCGUAUGAUGUGGUUGCCAAUAAAUGGUCUCGUCUACCAUCGAUGCGCGUUGAGCGAAGCCAUGUGGCCCUUGCACACAUGGAUGGAUACAUUUAUGCUGUUGGUGGGAAAGAUGAAAAGGGACAGUGGCUGGAGACGGUUGAGCGCUACGAUCUAUCCAAAGGAAAGUGGCAGACUGUGGCUGCCAUGGUGACGGACGUCUCUGGAAUGCACCCGUCAGCUGUGGCUCAUGAGAACCGAAUCUUUGUUAGUGCAGCUGACCUCACAGAAGGAGUCCAGUACCUGUCGUGUUUUGAUCCGGCCACCAACACCUGGAGGGCGUGCAGCCGGGUUAAGACCAGCUCCCCGGGGUGUCUGGUCCGACUGGAGGGAGGCUGCCUGCUCGUCACCUACCAGGCAGUCACCAGUAAGCUCGGGAAGAAGGAGAAAUGGAACCAUUGCCCCGUCGUCCACGAGGUCACGACCUACGACCAUGGCCAGGGGCAGUCCCAUACUAUCGACCGCGUGAACACGCACGACCAGUCAUUGGUCCCCGAAAGUGACCUGCGGCCAUUUCGCGUCGGGUGCCGCAUUUACCUUCUGGUCAACGGGGCAUGCCUGGACAGCAGAACCAAUGUGGAAGAGGGACAGGUGUAUGACGUCGGCUUAGAUGCCUGGACUAAGCUCAGUCAGAACAUAGAAGGCACUGGUGUCACUGAGUAUACCUUUAAUGCAGAAAGUUUCUUGUAGCAGACUGCUUGCAAUACUUUUAAAGUUUAUAAUUGUAUUAGGGUAGUCAUGGAUUCACCUUUUCUAGGUGCCCGCCGCCUUGGGGACAGAGCUACAACUUGAAAUAAGUUGUAGUGAUGAAAAAUGUGAAAUAUGAAUUUUUGGGUUUUUGCCCCAAUUUCCAGAGUCAUCAGUAUUUGUGAUGUUUACAUGGGGUAAUUCCAGAAAUUAAGGGCCCAUUUUUUUCGUGUCCUCAUCACAUCUGACAUGAUUUUGUAAACACAUU